CCGAGUAUCGGUCUCUUACUGCAUACUUUAAUUCUGUCACCAAGUCAUCCACAAGUCCUUGCUAGGUCACUCGAAUCCUGAACCAGAUGUUCCAGGGCUUGCGUUUGACCACGAUAACACGCUUUAGGAUAUGUCGUACCCUCCUUUCGACUCCUCCGAUACCUCGUCUGCGACACCUUGACCACCGUCUUUAUUCUGAUUCUGUCAAGACUCCAUCCCCCCCCCCUCUUACCAAGGUAACGCCAAUUGAAAAUCUUCUUCUCAAAAGUAUCCAGGCAACAGGACCGAUUUCGUUCGCGACUUACAUGCAAUUUUGCCUCUCACAUCCAACGGAGGGGUAUUACAUGAAGGAAUCCAAUGUAGUAUUUGGCUCUCAAGGAGACUUCAUUACAAGCCCUGAUAUCAGUCAGGUUUUUGGCGAGAUGUAGUUAAUUGCUAUAUUCUUUCUUUCUCAAUGGAAAAACGCGGGUUCGCCGUCUACAAUCCGAAUGAUUGAGCUUGGACCGGGCAGAGGAACACUAAUGGCUGACAUGCUGAGAGUUAUAACACAACUUACACGGACCAUGAAAGCACAAGUUCAAGUUCAAGUUCAUCUCGUCGAGAAUAGCUCUGCAAUGCGUGCGAUGCAACAGAAGAGACUCGGCAAACAGGGGAAUCUAGAGAUACAAUGGCACGCCUCUAUAGACUCCAUUCCUCCGAGCGGAGACAUCUACACCAUGUUAAUGGCCCAUGAAUUUUUUGAUGCACUUCCGUUUCAUGUUCUGAAGCGAACGGAAGAAGGAUGGCAUGAGGUUUUAAUUUCCUCUUCCUCUUUCGCUGAACCACCCCUUCCAGAACCUCAAUCGUCAGUACGUUACCCAUGCUUCUACCCCGUUCUCACUCCCGCACCUACCCCCAUCUCGACUCUACUCGGCACCUCAUCUCCGCGGUUCCAGUCAAUACCUGUUGGGUCGUUCCUCGAAGUUUCCCCCGUCGCCUUUAAAAUAGCUCACAAAAUCGGCGAGUUGCUCAGGAAAGGAGGAUGUGGUCUCAUUAUUGACUACGGUGGGGACACGUUUUAUGACAAUUCUCGAAGGGCCUUCAAAGACCACAAAAUAGUCGAUUUCUUCCAUCGACCCGGAGAGUGUGAUCUUACCGCGAACGUGGAUUUUGCGUAUUUGAAAGAAGCGGUAGAGGAUUCGAUGCCGGUGUACAAGCCCUUAACACAAAGCCAUUUUCUUCAGGCAAUGGGGCUGAAGGAACGCUUACUGAAGUUAAUGAAAAACCAUCGUACUCGGGAUCCUGAAAAGGCCAAAAGAAUAGAAGAAGCUGCGCUGAGGUUGGUUUCUGUUUCGCCGGACGGGGGCGAGAUGGGCAAUCAGUAUUCCGUUAUGGGGAUUAGCUCGAAUGAUGAGCAAUCAUAUCCUUUCAUCGAAUAGAAACGAGAGCGGGAAUAGUUGUGCCUGCGUCAAUGGACAACGAGAGCGAUGCAUUGGUUGAUUUAGACCCCCCCCCCCCCCCCCUUUUACAUUCAGACCCAGGCCUCAAAUGAAGUGGAUUCCUGGGUUCAG